AUGACGGCUAUUUGUAAUUGGCAGUACGUUGGGUGGCUUGAUUUGUACGGAACCCUCCUUGGAGCCUCGCCGCAAGAGGCACGAUAUUUCUUAAUGAACCGAUGGUCCUUCCACCAAGCAACGCUGUGGUUAUGCGUCUUAAGUAUGAGCCCUUGGGAUCUCCUCAACGUUACCCUCGUUGAACGUCCCUCUGUUCUGACAGACCACCUCGACGUUACCCUCGUUGAACAUACCCCCGAUCUGUAUAAUGUCUAUACUUACGAUGCGCUGGAGAUCAGGUUUCAAACAUCUCACUCCGAUAUAUUCUCGCCAUCGCCUGUUGUAUAUAGACAUGACGCAACAAAAGCCAGAAAUGCCUCUGGUGUCGACCAACAGCCAUCUCCUGGUCCAAGCUACAUGGGCUCAUCCCCUGCAUCCUUCGACUAUGUUGAGGAACAGUUUGGCGGAGGUCGUCGAUAUGAAGCACCACCGCCUGCUGAGUUGACUCCCUCAUGGCUGAGGACCAGACUCAAGGCCACAGUGCGGGACGUCGGACGGUGCUUCAACUUCAACAAGCGAUACGUCAUCGCUUACGCUGAACGUGGCUUACAGUCGGCACAAACUCACCCUUUCCUCCACUACAAGGUCCUGCACAAACUGCAGGAUUUGUUUUACGGCCCUAUGGACCAGCAGUCUCCUUGGAUGCAGCAAAACCCAUCUGGUGAUUUCGGAAUGAUGCAGCCUGAUACUUUCACGGCUGGAUUACUCGGAGAUCAAGCUCUAGGCAUGGCUGGAGCGGGCGACAAGUCGCUGUGGCCUGCACCGUCUGUGACCAACGUGCAAGACUGUAAAACUACCAAUGCGCAGAACACAACCCACCUUGCACCUCUGCCUUCACACACGCCUUUUCGUUUUCCCGCCAGUUCAUCUGGUCAGCCUCUCAUGUCUCGCGGAUGUUCGCUGGAUCCAGCAGGCCAACCGUCUUCGGGAUUGAUGCAGAACUCACCAUUCACCCUGCAUCCUGCACCAUAUGUACCGCCUCAGAUCAUGCCCAUCCUAUUCCAGCCACAAACAUCAUCCCGCCAACACCACUCAAGGAUGGUGGGCGGUAAGACUCCUGGUGCCUCUGCGUCCACUGAUAAUGCACUCCUUGCCUCAACAAGAGAUCCUAGUCCAAAGUUGGACCUAGGUCACUAUUCUCCGGCUACCACCUACCGCGUUCGGUUCCCUGAAGAGAGUGAGCCGAGAAUGCACCAGGAGGAUCAAGCGGUAACUGGCCGCAGCGUCCACCGCCCUCCCCAUGACUCAACUAAUCAAUUAUACCUGAAGUCUCAAGGACGCAGUGUGAACGGCACUAAUUACUGGAAUCUGUACGCCAAUUACUUCAAGGACCACUUGCAGGAGGAGCUCGGCCGCUGUGAAAAAGAGAAAUCAGAAGGCAGUGGGACACCUAGUGCAACAUUGCGAAGAAAAUGCUACGAGAAAUUCAAGGACACCUUUCCCGACACCUAUCAAGACAUCCUAUCGAAGCAUGAGGAAGUAGCUCUCCUGAGCUCGUCUCCCCAAACUAUUGGCCCAGCGCGGACAAGCAUUCCAAAAACACUAUCGGAGUGUGACGAGCAUCCUCCGCUAGAUUUGGAUUUGAAGCAGCCGUUGUAUUAUGUGGUAAAGUGGUUAAUGAAGAUGGUUCGCUUGGUCAUUCUUACAAACACACCUGGUGCUGGUGGGUUCUGGGAAAUGCGAUGCCGUGCCAGCGAUGACAUGAUCAUCGGUCAUUUAAAGGCCCACGUGUAUAACACCACAUCGCUAUCUGCGGUUGAUGAUGCCUUUCCAGAAACCGGGGACGAUAGUCAUCAAAAACAGACACCGACCAUUACCCACGACAUAGACCAGGCUUCUGAUGUUGUGGAGGGAGGACAGGAGGAUAACUUGAAAUUCGUGAAGCAGGAAAUCACCAGGCAAGCUGCCAAAUUUUGCUGCAACAUACACGGCGGAAAGAUUUUCCCUUGGAAGCUCAUGCCAGCCACACUCUUGGAAGCCAAUCUCAGCAUCCAAGGAUAUCCUGCACACAAGUGCCUAUUUCCCAGUGAAGCUCACACGGCUGCAAUAGCUUCAGAGAAGCCCAUAAUCGAGGGCGAGGCACCUCCUUCUGAAUGGCCCCAUCAUGGCGCGCGACGGUUGUUCCUUGACGGCCAUACUGAUCACAAUGGUCUUCGUCGCCUCAAGCCCAGCACAGCAACUACGAAGGUCAAGAAGGGUGUUAAAGCACCCAAGCACCCUAUACCACCCUCCGAAGAUGAACCCUCUGAUGAUGAAUCAUUGGAGGGUGUAAGUGUCAAUGAUGCAGUUGGAACUUCUGCGCUCGAGCCCCUACCUCAAGUGAACGUGCGAAAGCCUAACUACAAAAUGCGAGUCGAAGUUGUACCUCCACCCUCACGCCCUUUCAAGGUUGUUCGACUUCCUUUACCACUGCCGCGUCCUUCCAAAGCCGUUCCCAUGCCAUCUGGAACUCCGAGUGAGGUUAUCGAAGUUACGUCUACCGAAGAGAAUCCUGUGGGAGAGCCCGACUCUGAGUAUGAAGAAGCAGGACGUGGAAAGAAGAGGAAGCUCAAGUCCGCGAAUACAUCACGUGCGUCAAAGAAGAUUGCCCCGUCAAUUGAAAAGACUAACACUUCAAAAGUGGGGAAGAAAGUUGGGCGAGGUAAGAAUAAUGUGCAAUCCAAGGCACCUCCGCCUCCCUUGCCAACCUCAACUACUUUCCCUGCGAAAGGCGGUCCACUAUCCCCAUUAACAGUGGGAUCGUCAACCGAUGGACCUCCAUCACCAGAACAUAUUAAUGCUGGUAAAGCAAUGCGCCUUCGAGGCGGACCUUCUGAUGAGUCUAAAAAGGUCACCAAGGGCUCUCAGGUGGUGAUGAAUCGUGGCCUGCGUAUGGUGUACGGGAACUCGGACUCUGAGUCUGAUGUCGACAACAGCGUGAAGGCUAAUUCUGCAACCACAAUGGGCGUCAUCCCUGAAGCCACUGGUUCAGCUAACAUCCAGUCUGAUCCUUUGGAGGAGAAGUCUGCACAGACGAAGGAUGAAGUAGUAGGAGAUAAGGAAGAACUACCCCCAACCGCCCCAUUGAAUGCAGCGGCCCCCAAUAUUCCCGACCAGCAGCCUCUUCGUGACUCCAACACCCCUCGUCCCCUCACUCCUCACAAGACUCAGGACGAGCGUCCACAUGAUAACCUCCCCCAUGAUGCCCCUCGUGACAGCCCACUGCGCAAUGCUCUCCAUGACCCUCCACGCGACCUUGUCCGUGACCCUCGAGAUGAUCAUGACCCUCCACGCGCUCCACGCGACCUUGUCCGUGACCCUCGAGAUGAUCAUGACCCUCCAUGCGACCUUGUCCGUGACCCUCGAGAUGAUCAUGAGCCUCUCCGUGACCCUCGAGAUGGUCGUGAGCCUCCCCGUCACCCUCGAGAUGGUCGUGAACCUCAUGAAGAUGCUCGAAGUGCUGUUCGCGACCCUACACGCAACCAUCAUGAGGCCGUACGUGACCCUCAUGAUGGCCUUCGCAAUCCUUGGGAUGUUGAUCCUCGUUAUCCUUACACCCGAGGGUACUCCCAUGAACCUGCGCGUGGCCUCGACCGUGGCACUCUUCACCCCCGUGACGCAUUCUACCAUCGCAAUCCCCGCUAUGGUCCGCCUCAAGAUCCUUAUGAAUCUGGCGAUAUUCGUAUGGAAAGUGACUUGAAUACUCGAGACAGCUCACCUGUGUCCGAUUUUCAUGGUAACUAUGGUCCUAGUGAGCGCGAACAUGCCUACCCGACCCGGUACGGUCCUGGGGGUGACUUAGGCUAUACUCAUGAAGGUGGAUACAGGUCCCGGCACAAUGACCCCGAUGAGCGUGGGCAAUCACUAUCUCCCUAUCAUAGUCGUCGAGUUGGUGGAGGGAGUUACCGCGAGGAAGGCAUCAGUAAAUCACUCGGUUCUGUACAGAACUGUACAGAACUGUACAGUGUGACAGGCCGACAGCUUGGUCCCUUCUAUACAGCUCACUACAGUACUACUUCACUCUGUAGAUCUCUGUACAGAUAA